CCCACGUGAUAGGCCUAGAUCAAAACAUCAGAAUGUAAAGGACAAAUGCUUGUAUCCACCCGAUUCCUUUAUGAACUGGAAAGAGGGAAUAUCCACAGAAAACCUGCCAAAAGGACAGUCAGAAAUUUUUUCAUAUGCUAGUGGAUCAGAUGAAAUCAUCCAGGCUUCAAAAGCUUUUUGAACACUGUAAAAGAUUUGGUUUCGUUACAGAAAAAUUUAAAACUUCGGAAACGGCUUAUUUUCCAGAAUCCAUCUCAUCUAAUAAAGAUACGCAUAACCGUUUAAAAAAUUCAUCAAAUGUGGAUAUAAAGACUGUUACUUACGAAUAUGGAUCGUUCGGGUCUUUAAUGAGAAGAAAUGUAAUUGAUCAAUGGUGGAGGCACUCAGUCACUUUCCAAGACAGAGUUUUCCCACUUUUUUUCUUAGGGUCAAAUGAUGUGGAUAUUGAUAAUGCAGUCGCUCGUCAAUACGCAUUCAUACCAAGGAUCAAGGCGCAAGAAAAUUACGAGAAGUUAACCAAAGAAGUGCUUUGCAAAGAACUUGGUGUGGCGCAAGUAACAACCCAGCCGAGUUGCAAUUAUUCCGAUUCUUUCAUUGCAAGAUCACCAUUUGUUGAAUAUCUCACUGUUCACCAUUUUUGCCCAAUAAAAAAGGGGAGUACAAUUUUUAACGACCUAAUAAAGCAAAGAUUACGCUGGUGGAAAAGAUUCUCUAACAAACAAUCAAAUUUUGAUCAUCUGGUCAAAGAAACUGAUAGUAAUGUGACUACUGCUGAAAUUUCUUAUAGCUGUUCUUUUGGAAGAGAGACUGUGGAGACCAUUCAUCUUGGUAUUAAAGAUGAUAAUGACAAAGUUUGGCAAGACAACAAAAGCAUUAUUGAGUGCUGCACUACUGUAGAACAAGCAAUGCUUGCUUAUCUCGAUGAUGGACUGGAAGAAAGAAUACAGGAAGAUGAAGAUGAUACAGCAUCUCAAAAUGUUUUACGUUUGCACCCUAAUUUGGCACCAAUAAAGGUGAUAAUCUUGGCUGAAGACCCAUCAAAUGAAGAACAGCUAGAUUUAGUGAAUCGUCUUUCCAAAGAAUUGAAGAUUUCUGGGAUACCAUGCCACAAACUUUUCCUUCACAAUGAGCAAGAUGCAUAUAAUUUCGCAGAUGCAAUUGGUACACCUUUUUCUUUGAAAAUUGACCAGCACACAUUGCAAAGGGGAGUUGUUGGAUUACGUCAUCGUGAUACCACCGUCCAUGAGUUUUUGCAUAUUGCAGAGACCAGAGAAACUCUGACAAAAAUACUUAAGAGCUAAUCAUAUACAAGAAGUUGUCAAUUGAGGCCUCAAAAUAAUUAACAUAUGAUACUUUUGGAUCAGCUUAAGUGCUCGAACCAAUCCUAAGUAUGCUCGGCUGUCGGAAGAUUGAGUAUACUGACUGCAUUUUAUUAGAGGUAGAAAACAAAGACACCUGACCAUUCUACAUUGUAACAUCGGUUUUCAGACGUUUUGUAUCAAAUAUCAUUGUCAAUUAUCAAUUAUGAAUAAAUCUUUUAACCAUGUUGUAUAAAUUGUUGUUAAAGAGGUUUGGCCGCCGACACAAAUUGCCUUCAUUGGCUGUUUUGUAAAACUUUAAAAACUCUAGAAGCCCAAUAGAAAAAUCCAUUAGAAUUGUGCAGAUCAACCAAAAUUUGCUGAAAUUAAGUCGUGAGAGUAGAUCGAGAAGAUACUUAUCCCAUCUUGCUGGAGUGUGUAUGACAGCGUUUGUGAGGAUAUCGUGUCACUACCCCACUGCUUGUUGAAAUAUUUUGGUGUGAUCACUGAUAAAAUCUGGAGUCUGGGAGUGCCGUGAGCCCCUAAAGGGUUCUAAAAUGCAAAGAUCUGAAAAAUGUUCAAACCCAGUGUUGUUCACACAAAACGAAAAAGUGGUUGCAUUUUCUGGAGCCAAUCCCAUUCGCACCAGAGCACCCCUCUGGUUACAGUACUGAGGAUCAGGGGC